GUUCAUCCUUUCCGACUUCCAACCAUUUCAUCCGCGAUUGGGUGUUUCCGCGCAUAAGAGAAACUCGCUUAUAAGACACUUUUCACGGUUCCCCGAGGUCUCUCUUAUAAGCGGGUCCGACUGUAUCUGUCGAAGGUCUGGGACAGUUAUGCUCCAUAUCUUUGCGUAGCUCUCCGGUAUGGCUUCCGGUGUGUCUUCCGGCGGAUAGUAUGAGCAUCUUUGUGAAUAAGUGAAAGCUAAAUUUCCUUCGUAUCCUUCGCAGCUCCUCACCUCAAUACCGUUCAUACAAUAAAAUACAAGGGAAAUGGCAGAUCAGGACUCGUUCCCCGACCUGGAAACAACGACCGAUGAGGAGAAGCAACUCGCGGACAAAGCAUCGAGGCAUUUCAAAAACGGAAAUUUUAAAGAGGCUGAACGAGCCCUUCUGGAGCUCAAAGAACGGAGACCGACAGAUCUUAGAGUGGCUCAAAAUCUCGUUCUGAGUGGCCGGUCCUCAUCGCUCCUAACUGAAUUGGAAAGUAUUCUGCGCGAGAGCCAAGGCGAAUUCGAUGACUUGGAUUCUUGCGUACUGUUGUUGAACACGGCAUUGCUACAGUUCAAGGCUCAGAAAUACCACCGAGCCCAACAGAUUCUGGAGAAACUUCUGCCUUUCUUGGAACCUUUGAAUGAAGCCUUGUCGCGUGAUCUUCUGUUUCUAUACAUGGAGACAUGCUUGCGGCUGAACUAUCCUGAAAGAGUGCCGUCGCUGAUCGGGAGCCUCGAAAGUUUACUAUUCGGACGCGGCACCUCACGUAAUCAGAAUUCGUCUCAGAACCGGAGUACCUCACCCGAAGAAAAAAAUGCCGAAUUCAAGCCCCUCGUUAACCAAUACCGCGUCAGGUGUUUGUUGGCGCUCCGCAGUCUGAAGGCGUGUAAGCGAGAAGUCAAAACCCUCAACGGGGAAGAUCGAGAUCGGAACGACAAGGAUGAAAUCAACACGGUCGUCUCGGUGUUCUUACGGGCGCAGCUAGAGCAUCAUCGAGAUAACGGCCGGAAAGCUGUGAAAAUAUUCAACACCCUACAAGGCAAACAAAGCCUCGGCGAGAAACAUCUUGCCGCCAUGUUCUACAACGAUAUGGCUUGCAUCCACUUCAAAGCCGGCAAGUCAAGCUUAGCUCUCCUAUACGCGCGGAAGGCGGUUGAAGAAUACCGUCGUCAAGUGAGCUGCGGUGAGCCUCAUCGUCCGAAGUUACUCUUCGAUCUCCUCUACAACGUGGCUGUUUGCAAGUUGUUCUGUGAAAAUUAUCAAGUGGCUUUCGAAGAUCUGCUCCGGUGCACAAAAGUAGACCCAGCCAAUCCCAGCGUGUGGUUGCGGCUGGCAGAAUGCUCGAUAAUGAUCCAUCAGAAAUCUCAUAGAGAGAAACUCAAUCCCACGAAUAUCGUCAAACGCUUCGUCGGCGAAGGAGCCCAGCGGAAAAUUCUCCUGGCAGAAGAUCCAUACAGUAAACUCAAUGGGAAUGACGACGGCGAAGAGAUCGCUCCGACCAUUCACUUCGCCGCAAGAGCGCUAAGAGUGUGCCUAGUCCUAAUUAGCGGUCAAGAGGUCUUCUUGACGAAAAUUGAAGCCACGAAUGGCAUUGCCCCCUGCGCGACCGCGUUCCAAGAACUCCGAUUGCUACGAAACAGCGCAAUCUGCGCGUCCGCAUAUGUCCACCUCUGCUUGGGAGACUUCGGUGAAGCACAAGCUCAGAGCGAGCUGCUCCUAACGCAAGAGCGGCUCUCCGGGGCUCAGAGAGUUCUGGGGCGGCUUUACUGCGCGGAGGCGCUCUUGAUGCAAGAUCAACUAUCGGAAGCUGUGGAACACCUGAAAUCGAGCUACGCGGAGGAAAUGACAUCGAUGCCGUCGGCACCGGCGGACGAGACCGAGGUCCAGUGCAGCAUACAGCCGGAAAUGAGCUGGCUCCCUUCAUCGGCUCAGAGCACAAAACAAAUUUUCCUCUACAAUCUGGCUGUGGCUUACACGCUGCGUGAAGAGCUCAACAAAGCGGAUGAAAUCCUCGAAACGCUCCUGAAACAGGUCGAAUGUCCGCCACAACAUGUAGUCAGAUUAGCCAUUUAUUUACAUCUGCAGCAGGGACGUCCUCACCUCGCCAAACAGAUCAUAUGUCAGGGCUUACCGCUGUUGGCCUGUUGAAUAAAAUGCAUUAUAGCUAAG